UGGUCGCAAGAUGGCGGCGCUGAAGGAGGCUCGGAGCUACGGGCUGUCCUGCGGGAGGGUGAGCGACGGCAGCCGGGUGUCCGUGUUCCACGUGAAGCUCACCGACAGCGCCCUGAAGGCUUUCGAGAGCUACCGCGCCGGCCAGGACUCCGUGUCACUGCAGCCAUCUAUCCGAUUUGAAGGAAGCCAAGGGCACAUCUGUGUGCCCCAGCCCGACUGCCCCGAGGAGCUGCGCACCUUCUCCUUCUACCUCUCCAACAUCGGCCGCGACAGCCCCCAGGGCAGCUUUGACUGCAUCCAGCAGUAUGUCUCCAGCCAUGGCGACGUCCACCUGGACUGCUUGGGCAGCAUCCAGGACAAGGUCACAGUGUGCGCCACCGACGACUCCUACCAGAAGGCGCGGCAGAGCCUGGCCCAGGCAGAGGAGGAGACGCGCAGUCGGGCCGCCAUCGUCAUCAAGGCUGGAGGCCGCUACCUGGGCAAGAAAGUCCAGUUUCGGAAACCAGCCCCAGGGGCGACAGACAACGUGCCCUCCAGGAAACGGGCCACUCCCAUCAACCUGGCCAACGCCAUCCGCAGGGGCGGGGCCGGCGGCGUGGCACAGAGGCCCUUCCGGGACCGCGUGGUGCACCUGCUGGCCCUGAGGCCCUACCGCAAGGCUGAGCUGCUGCUGCGGCUGCAGAAGGACGGGCUGGCGCCGGCGGACAAGGAGGCACUGGACGGCCUGCUGCAGCAGGUGGCCAAUGUGAGCGCCAGGGACGGCACAUGCACGCUGAGGGACUGCGUAUACAAGGACGUGCAGAAGGACUGGCCCGGCUACUCAGAAGGGGACCAGCAGCUGCUGAAGCGGGUGCUCGUCCGGAAAUUGUGCCAGCCUCAGACCAUGGGCAGCACGCACGGGGAGGCCCCUGCCUCCAGCCCACCCCGAGACCCGAGCAGCGCCUCACCCCCACAGAAGCGGCCACAGCCCCCGGACUUCAUCGAUCCCCUGGUCAGCAAGAAGCCCAGGAUCUCACACUUGGCGCAGAGAGCACAGCCCACCCUCAACGGGAGGCCGGGGGCGUCCAAUGGUCGUGAGGCUCUGCCACCCGCCCCCACCGAAGGCCCGGCCACUGGCGUGCCCCCGCCCCCGCGGGCCCACGACCCCCUGGCCGACCUGAGCAACGACCUGGGCCACAGUGGUCAGGAGUGCAGGCGGCCGCAGGCGGCCCCGGCCCCUGACCCCCACCCCGGGCUGCCCCUGCUGACGGACUUGGCCCAGCCGGGCCGGCCCCACGGGGGCCCCCACAGCAAGGCCAAGAAGAAGGCCAAGAAACACAAAGACAAGGACAGGACCCCCGAGGACAGGCGCCGAGCCCCGCUGCCCAUGCCCACCCCACUCACGGCGCCCUCCAACACCCCUGGUGUGAACGGAGAUGUCAGCAGUGCCGAUGUCCCCGUGUCCACCACGGACACACCCGACUACUUGCUGAAAUACGCCGCCAUCUCCUCCUCGGAGCAGCGCCAGAGCUACAAGAACGACUUCAACGCAGAGUACAGCGAGUACCGCGACCUGCACGCCCGCAUCGAGCAGAUCACACGCCGCUUCACGCAGCUCGAUGCCCAGCUGCGCCAGCUGGCCCAGGGUUCUGAGGAGUACGAGACCACUCGGGGACAGAUUUUACAGGAAUAUCGGAAAAUCAAGAAGACCAACACCAACUACAGCCAGGAGAAGCGGCGCUGCGAGUACCUGCACAGCAAGCUGGCGCACAUCAAGCAGCUCAUCGCCCAGUACGACCGGCGCCAGCUGCAGCCCUGGCCCUAGCCUGGCCUGCUCCCGCCCAGACUGGCCGCUGCCUUUUCUAGUUUUCUACCAAGUCAGCCACUUUGAGCUGCUGCGAAAGAGACUCCAGUCUAUUUUUGUACAAAAGAGAACGCAAAAUCUUUUCUAAACCUGUGCCUCCCUCCUUGGAUGCCCAGGUCCGGUGCCGCUGGCCCUUCUGCAGUGUUACGGCCUUGGUCCUGACUCGGGCCCAGCGGGCCCAGCUGCAGCCCCGGGCCCACAGCCGGAUCUGCCGUGCAGGGCCUCAGCCGGGGGUGACACGGGAGACUGUGGGCCUCACCCCCAGCUCCUGCCCGCUUCACACUGGCCGGGCCGUGGUCUCCCUUCUGCUGCCCCAGCUCUGCCCCUGUCCACACAUGGGUGGGCGCCAUCCCGUGGAGUCACACAGGCCUUGCUCUCAGGGAGGGAUUGAGGGCCCCGGGGUGGGGUCUUGCCUGCCCUCUCUGGGGUGCAGGCUCCGCAACACCCCAGUUGCUGCUUUGUUGCUGUGCCUAUUCCCCAUGUGCGUGAGUGUGCGUGUGUGCGCGUGUGUGUAUGGACCCUCCCUGAGCGCGGUUGGGAGCGUGUCCUGCUCAGGGCCCAGCCGGGACAGGAAUGCGGAGGGUCACACAGGCCGGGCCGCAGCCGGGGGAGGCCGGGCAGAUGCGAGCGGCGCUGUUUCUGUAACCCACGGGUGGCCCUGUGCCUUCCAGAGAGUGGGGGAGGCUUCCUCUCCAUCUGGCCACGCAGCUGGGAAGUUGUGCAGGCCCCCCUCUGCGGGCCCAGCUUGUUGGCCGAGAGCCAGGGCACCCCCACCGGGUUCUCCAUUGUCUGUCUCCUGUCAUGUCUGUCCGUCUACCGGUGACGCCAGCCGGUUCUGCUCUAACUUAUUUAGACUGUGGAGAACCCCUUUGAGCCAUGACGCCGGGAUCCAGAGCCUUCACUUUGCCAAAUGUUACAGUGGAGCGCCGCGGGCACCGUCGCUUCCCGGGGUUUCUCUAAAGAUCAGCUACAAUAAACCGCCUGGACGCAGCA